AAAGAAUUGAAGAUACUAGGCUACAUUAUCAACAAUCAAGGCAUUAGAAUGGACCCUCAUAAAGUUGAUUCUAUUCAACAAUGGAAAGUACUUACUAAUAAAGAUUUGUUACAAGGUUUCUUAGGAUCAGUAGGGUAUUUAGCACUCAAUAUACCUUAG